AUGUCUGAAGCAGCCACAGUCUCCAAGGUAGACGAGAAAAAGGAUGACAAACCAUCUGUGGACAAUGCGACUUUAGCAUUCAUGUUAAGAGAAAGUGCUGACAUUGUGGAAAAGGGGGAAUUUGAUGUCAUUCUGUAUCAUGCAUUACAAGAUUUCCGAACCUACUACAAACUGCAUCUACCCAAACGAAAGGAAAAGGCGAAGAAAAAGCCAGCAGCAGCGGCAACAGCUCCGGCGGAUUCUGGAGAAAAUUCUUCAGACGCCGCAGCCACGUCAUCAUCUGAUGCUCAAAAGGAAGCAAAUACGAAGCCUGCAGAGACGACAGGUGAAGCAACUCCUCCAACUGUCAGUGCUGAUCCUUCGACGCAGGAGUUGCCAGCGGAACAGUCUAAAUCUGACAAUUCUGCGAGAGAAACAUCAGCAGGUGCCACAGUCAUUUCUGAGGAGGGAACCGAAUCAAGAACGACACCGUCGACUAGUGAUCCACCAGCGUCAUCUUCCAAACUGCAGGUUGAUGGGCCAGAAUCCGCAGCAGUAGAACCUGGGGCUCCGGAAAAUCCAAUCAAUACCGAAUCGGGUCGCAUGGGCUCAAUGGAUUCCGUUUUGGAUUCUGGUCGCAGUGCGGAAGAUUUUGACAACGAAGCCUCUUUGCGAGAUGCUCAAGCAAAGCAAAACCAUUUCGCGCCCUUUGGAAAGAAGGCAAAGAAUACUGGUAGCAAGAUUUCCGCUGGUAUGUUUGCUUCAAAAACCAAGAUGAAGCUACCAAAGAAAUUGCCCAAGAUUCAUGUCAAUCUUCCAUCGUCGGGAAAGAAAAAGAGAGAGGCCGAACUCGCGGAUCUGACUGGUGGAGAAGUUGCCCAGUAUGCGGAAUCAUCCAGGCGACGUGCAGCUGUUGGUGGUGAAGAUGGUAAUGAUGCCGUUAUGCAAUCACCACAACGAAGUUCGAAACUGGCACCAGCUGUGACUGGAUUGGAUGACAAGGAAAUCCGUUCGACUUCCGCGACUAAUCCCGUAGAUCGUGUACGGGAGGAUGAGCCGGCAGACGCCGAAAACGAAAAACCGUCAAGCUUGCGCAACAACGAAACCCACAAUGCUACCAACAACAGUGCGUCAGUGCAUCCAACAACUGCGACAGCAUCGGCUCCGUCAACUGCAUCGUCAUCAGAAGUCUUUGUCGCUGAUCCGAGGUCAGAAUCCUUCGAAUACGAAAUGCCAGACCAUGGACACGGCAAGCCUGCUUUCCAGCGUCCCAAGAACAAGAAUUCUGCCGUCGUGGCAAACGGAUGGAUUGAACAACAGCGUCGUUCCAAGAUGAGAACAGUCUGGAAGGAGGUUCUGGCUAGUUUGGUACAAGGGAGACGUCCUGGGGAAGAAACAACUCUAUGGAUUCAACGUGAAGCUGUGGAUCCGACGACUGGAAAGAAAGAAUUGGAAGCUUUGCAUCAAGUUCCGGUCAAGUUGCUGGAAAGUGUGGUUUAUUCCGAAUAUACCACGGACGAUCGAUUUAGUUUGAAACUCUACAAUUCUCAUGAAGAAUUUGUCUUUCGGUGUAACAAUGACCCAUCAGCGGCAAUGAAUUGGGUGACGAUUUUGCAGCAAUUCGAAAUGGAAACCAAACAGAAUGGGGCUAUGCCACCGCCAACAGCUCCAACAGAAUCAGUAUUCCCUGACUUUCCAGAGGAGAAAAAAGGUCCUGAUGUAUCCGAACGUUCUAGUUCGCCAACUCCUAAUCGUUUGGCCAUUCGCGAUUUGCGAGCCAUUUGUCACGGUGCUGGCAUCAAUACUGUUGGUAUGGAAAGAGCUAAUUUGGAGCGUGCUGCUGCCGAAGUUCAAAAACGGGGUACAUACUUUGCUCCUCCUAGCGCAGGACAUGCAGCUGUUCCUCCUAUUCCUCCUGCUGCUGCCGCUGCUCCUGUUGGCGCCAGCACUGGAUCUGCCAGUACUGCUCGAUCAGCAUCUCCGUUGCCACCUAAAUCAUCAGAACCAUCAGCUCCUGUUUCGAACGGAGCUACUGGACACAAGAUGAGCAUCAAAGACUUGCGAGCUAUUUGUCAUGGAGCUGGAAUUAGCACAGUUGGUAUGGAAAGAGGAGAACUGGAGCGGGCAGCUGCUGAAGUACAAAAACGGGGUACCUACUUUGCACCACCACCAGGAGCAGUACCUCCUGUUGCUCCUCGACCUGGUGCCGACGCCCAACCUGAAGACGAAGCUGGCAAGAAGGAAGAAAUAAGACAAAAACAGGCGGCGGAAGAUGAGGCUCGUCGGAGAGCUGCGGAGGAAGAACAUUGGAGACGACAUGAAGAGGAGUCCCGUCGUCGAGCUGCCGAAGACGAACACCGAAGACGGGCCGAAGAGGAACAUCGUCGUCGAGCGGCGGAAGAAGAACGCCGACGACGAAUGGCGGAACAACAGGCUCGACAAGCCGAAGAUCAACGUCGAAGAUAUAUGGAACAACAGGCUGCAUGGCAACACCAACAACAGCAAGAAGAGCAGCGCAGACGUUUGGCAGAGCAACAAGCUGCAGAGCACCGUCGUAUUCAUGAAGAAAAUAUGCGAAAGCAACAGCAGUGGGGAGGACAGCAACCCCAACACCACCCACAAGGUUGGUCUCAGCAUCAUCAUCCUCAUCAGCACUAUCAACAGCACCCACAGCAACAACACUGGACACCGCAGCAACAACAGCAGUGGCACCAGCAACAACAACGCCAUCAGCAGUAUCCACAGCAACACGCUCCUCCGCGAGGUCCUUCGCCGCAGCAGCAUCCACCACAAGAGCAGUCCAAAUAUGCCAAAAUGGCAAAUCAGACUGACGAUGAUGGACAAGCAGCCAUUACCAAGUUGAAGCAUGAUAUUCUCAUUCAAUGGGCUCUGCAACCUCCACAAUUGCAAAUGCUGCGUUCUGUUGAUGUAUUGCUCAGUACCAUUCAAACUGUGUUCCCGCCAGCUUUGGGAGUGCCAGCGCAUGAUUACUUUAGAAAGUGGAAGGUGGUGACGAGAGAAAGUGUAUUGAGUGAUGUCGGAAUCAUUGAUGAAGAGAAGGUCAAGAAGGCUGUUCGAAAGUUGCGAUUCUUUUUGCAUCCAGAUAAAUUGCCAAAAGAUUUGAACAAGGAGCAGGAAUUCAUGGUCAAAAUGUUGUGGGAUAUUACCAAUGAUGCCUGGGAAGAAUACGAAAAGAGCAAGGCAGACCUAGACUGGGUGAAAUAG